UUUUAUAUCUAAUGGCGCUGAUUCGCGGUUGUCGCCUGCUUCCAAUAAAGUAGGGUCGAAUCCACGCGGAAUUAGAAAAAUAACCACCGAUGCAAGAAGGAUAACCUAACGAACUACUUAACUGCUUAUAUUGUACUGAUAACUUCAUACAGUAGACAGAGUGCUGUAUGAUCAAACGCCAUGCCGCUUCUACGUCGCCAACCGUUCGUUCCUCAAUCGCCACCACUUGAUAUUCGUCCGGACGAGGAAAUUUUCUAUUUCCCACUCACAAAAGAAAUCUUCAGAGACUAUGAAGCAUUUUUUGAGAGGACCAUUCUUUGCAAUUCCUUGGUCUGGUCAUGUUCCUUGACUGCUAAAAGCAAUUUGACGUACCAAGAAGCCAUUGAAAGUGAAAAAAAGGCACUGCAAUCUGUUAGUGACAUUCCAUUAGAGCUGAGGCAACCUUUACUUCUUGUAGCAUCCCUUACGUGCAGAGGGAAAGUCAAUGAAGCAUGUGAUGAUGUUUACUACUUUAUGAAAGACCGCUACUUCAAAAAUGAGCAUGUGGAAGCAAUCCUUCGCUCCAAGUGGUAUCCUGCACAAGUACUCCGGGUUGUGCCUCCAACUAUUCAAGAACUUGAACAGUACAAGCAAGAACUGGAUGAUGAACUGAGUACAGAGGACAAGUUGUUAAUGCUAGAUCAGUAUGGCCCUCCACCUGAAUUAUUUAAAUAUGAAGUUAGGGAAAUUGUUGAUGAUAGAAGCGGAACUGUUGAACCUAUUCACACGGUAACUGUGGAUUGCAUCAGAAGAGAAAAAGGCUUCUAUUCUCGAGAUAAAGUUCGGUUAUAUUUACGCUACUGCCUACAGUUCGAGGAGUACGAAGGCAUCUGGGUAGUUAAGCCUGAAGCAUGGAAGAAGUUGAACAUGGACUCCGUCAAAUACACCGAGAUUUUUACAGGUGAAAAACCAAGGUUUGAAGAGAAGAGGGCUGCAAAGAAAGUCAACAAAAGUUUGUCAACUAGUAAGGGAGGUGAGACGCCUAAAGCAGCAAAAACACCUAAAACACCCAAAACCCCAUCCAAUGACAAAGAGAGUAACGGUAAGAGUACACCGGUAAAAGGAACGCCAAGCAAAGGCCAACCAGACACCACACGAAAUGCAAAAUCCGCUACCAAAAGUCCUAAGUUGGACGCCGAAUCUUUGGCGAAGGAAUUCAUCAAAAUUCGCGAAGAACGUGAAAGUCUCCGGCAAAUCGCUGAUCAACGGAAGCAGCAAAAGGUUGAUGAAAAGUUGUUAGCAAAGGAAAAAAAGAAGGAAGAAAAGCGAGUUAUGGCUGAAUACGUUAAGGAAUGGAGCAAAAUUCGAGAAGAUUUGGAAUGCGACGACCUUAAAGAUUUGCCUUCCCCCACGCCUAUUCAGUGUGCUAUUCCCAACGGAAUUUUUGGCGAUUUCAUUAUGGUGUUGGAGUUUUUCUUAGCGUUUGGCGAAGAGCUGCAGUUAAAAGAUGCUUUUCCGGGAGGGCUCACUUUCGAACUUUUAGAACGAGCAGUAGUGGAAAGUGAAGUGUCUGGUCCUCUCAGUGACAUUUUGCAAGCGUUGCUCAGUUCUUUAUUUGAAUUCCAAGACGCCGAAUCUGAGGAAGUGAAAGAAGCUGGUUAUACAACAACAGGUAGCCAAGAAACUGAAGUAGCCGAAGGUGGACUAACUUACCAGGGUACUCCUCUGAAAAAGUUGUCAAUGGAUUCCUUGACUGUGUCCGAAAUUUUACGGUUACACCUAAUCUCGUCUGGUGGUGGAAGCAGUGAACUGCGCACAAAAUGGCGAUAUCAGCAACGCGGUGGCUAUAGUGCUGCCGACGAUCCUGGCGUUCAGUUACGCCAGGAAGAUCCACAUAUUCUUCACGCCUUGGCCCAUAGUACUGUGUACGAAUUGCCAAUUGGUGAUAAAAUGAAAAUCAUCAAAUGUCUGUGUCAUCAAAUACUGACAUAUGCGUCGAUAAGAGAUGUACUAGAAGAAAAAAGCAGCAAACUAACACAGUUGCGGCAAGAACUGAGAGCUUUGCAUGCUAAUGAGAGACGUAUGAGAAAAGAAGACGUUAUUAAUCGAGCCAAACUACGCUCCGAAGAGAAUGGCAACACGGAAGAUGGGCCAGAAUUAGAAAAAUUACUACAAGAAAGUGCCAAAAGGAAAGGAGAGGUCCUUAAGAAGGAGCAACAACUUCGCCAACAAAUUCUCAAAAUGCAAGCUAUGACUCAUCUGACGCCUCUUGGACAAGAUCGUGCGUUCCGGAGGUUUUGGGUUUUUGAAUCGUUUCCCGGCUUUUUCGUCGAGCAUGAUGAUGAUUAUGUCGGAACUUGCUUGCCUGAACCUACUCCAUAUUCCAUAGAAAAACCUAAUGGAUUACCGAUCGACCCUAGUAAAAGUAAAGAAGACAUUCGCAAGUUCUUCAAAACUGCAAAUAAAGAAAACGAUAUUUCAAAUGAACCUGUCUGCGAAAACCAUUUGGUAAUUAGGCCCAAGGUAUUUGGUGUUUGUACGUCUAACCCAACGAAUUGCCCUGUCCACGCUACCUACCUCUCACGAACAAAAUGGUCGUUCUACGAUAAUGUUGAUUCUAUUGAUCAACUCAUACUGAACCUUAAUGAGCGAGGGUAUCGCGAGAACGCGUUAAAAAACAUUCUGCUACAAGAAAAAGAAAGGAUCGUUGAAGGAAUUACCAAGUGCUUCAUCCACCGUUUAGAUAAUUCCAGACCUGAAGUGAAGAUUGAAAGUGAAACACGCAAAUCCACAAGACAAAUACGGAAGGAGAAGGAAUAUGAUAUCAAUCUUUAUUUUCCUGCUGGUACUCCUGUUGAAGAAAUUAUGGAACGCACGCUCAUAGAUAUGAUACUUGAAACUGAGGAAAAAAUCUUUGUUGGCGGAUUGGGAUCUCUCAAGGUCAGAGACAGAAAUUCUUGGAGAUCUUCUCUAGAGGCACGAAAGUUUGUUCCUCAGAUUGAUACCUUGACGUGGGGCGGAAAACUUGUAACGAAAACGCAGCCAAAGCUCGAACACAAUGAUGCUGAAGAGGAUGAUAAUCGCUCCGAAAUAAGUUCAUCAGUAGAAGGCGAAAGUGUGGCUAAUACUGUGCCGAAAAAGAGCGUUGUCGAUCUAGCAUGUUCCGUACUUCAGUUAGCUCAAAGUGUAGAAAGCAAGUAUUUGAAGAAGCCUCUCGGCGAAGACGAAAAGGAGAAAAAACGACUGAAAGCUGAAGAAGCCAUGAAAAAAUGGGAAGAUCACAAAGAGGGGCCUGACAAAGCAGAUACAAAAAUCGAACCGAAAGCAGUAAGGACACCUUUAGAAAAGUGGGAGUUGUCUCUUCAUGCCUGUACAAGUCUGUCUCAGUUGUACGUUCACUUAGCGUUACUAGAUAACAGUAUUACGUGGAAUCGGUCAGCAUUGAAUGCAAGAUGCCGUAUUUGUCGUCGGAAAGGCGAUCCAGAAAAAAUGUUGCUGUGCGAUGGAUGUGAUAAAGGACAUCACAUGUAUUGUUUGAAACCCUUGCUCACGGUUGUUCCAGAAGGAGAUUGGUUUUGUGCCGAGUGCAAACCCCGUGAAAAACCUCGAACUCCUCGUAAAGCACGCCGCGUCUUCUCUGAAGAGUCGGAAGACGAGGCUGUCGAAGAAGAAGAAGCUGAAGCUGGGGAGGAGGAAGCUGAAGUUGAAGCAGAGGAGGGUGAAAGUGAAAUGGAAUCGAUACACAAUGAAACGUGUCCAGUGUGUCAGGAAGGUGGAGAGGUUAUCUGUUGUGAUACGUGUCCAGCCGUCUAUCACUUAGAGUGCAUCAAUCCACCUAUGAGGAAGGUUCCAAGGGGCAAGUGGUCGUGCCCACAGUGCAAGACGCCGCCUCAGGAUAAGGAUAGAGGCAAACUUCGGGAAAAAAAUUCGGAUGGCAGGGCAUCUUCAAGAGUUUCUCGGGCUCGUCACGCCAUUGAUUUCUACGAAGAAACCAAAGAUAUGGCUAGGAAUCCUGGGACUCGGAAGCGUACGCAAACCGACCCCGUUCGAGCCAAAUCGCCGUCUGACUUGAACCUAGGGAAGCGUCGCUCGGCUGCAGAAGCCGUUGACAAAAUUGCUCAGUCCUCCAAGCGACUCAGAGGGGACAGCAACGAUGAUGAAAGUGGAAAUAGUGACAGCAACAGCAAGUGGAAUGCAUCAGCCCAUCGGAAACGAAGUCGCCCAUUGCCAUUGCCUUCCACAACGUCUCCAUCCGGCUUUGUGGACUUGGCUGAUUUACUUCAGCUUUUGGCCGAUUGCAGCAGUCAUGUGGACAGUUGGCCAUUUCUCAAGCCAGUUACAAGAGCCGAGGCCCCCGACUAUCAUCGGGUUAUCAAACAAGCUAUGGAUCUUGGUACAAUGAAGUACAAACUCAACAGUAUACAAUAUAAAACUGCGGAAGACUUCGUCAAGGAUUUGCAGUUGAUAUUCACUAAUUGCUUUACUUACAAUAAUGACGCUGCCGAUGAAUACAAAUGUGGCCAGAACCUCAGUCGCUUUGCCGAAAAGCAGUUAGGAAAGCUAGGCAUGAAGAUGAUACAGACGGAUUAAAAUUUGAUCUAGUUUUCUACCUAUUCUUUACACGUUAUCCCGAAAACCGCUAAAAAGUCAUUCGUUCGACAACCUUGAUGGAAAUAUUGGAUAAUACCACGUAUGUCUCUUUUAUGUUAUAAUUUUGGCAACCAGUUGUGGUUGCUUGUUGCGUUUCCAGUUUAAAGUAAUAAGAAUUUUUGGAACUUUGAAAUAACAAAGUAAGUGAAAAUACACUUGAAACCGACUAGGUAAAUGUAAAUAA